AUGACGUUUCAAAACGUAAACGACGUGAACGAAGAACUCGCGGGAGCCUCCGUGAUGAUGAACAACCCUAACGCUCGGCAAAGAUUCGCUCCGGGAAAUUCGAGUUCGAAUUCGAACAACAACAACAACAGACCGUCGUCUUCGUAUCAUCACCAUCACCAUCAAAGACGAACGAAAAGAAGCAACAACAACAGCAUCACGACAAUUAAUAUUAUCAAAAGAGCGACGAAGAAUAAGACGAAAAUCUGUCUCGUCGCUUUACUCGUCUUUAUAUCGUUCGUGAAUCUGAUGGUGUUUUCGAGAGAUUCCGAGGCGAGAUUGAUGUCCUCUGGGAGGAAAUACGCUAAGAAGAAAGACGCACAACAUCGGGAAGAAUUAUCACAUGAAGACUACGACUUUGGUAGUAAAGACGAAAAAGGUAGAAAGAAGGACGAUUCAGACGAUUCAGACGAUUCAGACGAAAAACCGAGCUUAGAAACCGCCUUGUUGGGAUCCGCGUUAGCGGUGGACAGUCCUACGUUAACGUCUGGAUUCAAAUCGCUGAGCUACCCGUCUUUGGCGGAAGUCGGGGACUCGAAGCGCACGUUUUUAGUCGCCUUUGAAGGGAAUUGGGAAUGGGGCGUUCCGAAAUCGCUGACGAACAGGGAGUUGGAUCAGAGGAAAAUAGAGGACAUCAACGAAUCUCGAGGCGGGCACUGUUACGUCAGUCGAGGACGGGUGUUACCGAUACAGCCGGGAUCGGACGUCGCGCCGAAGGAGCAAUGGCACGCGCCAAAGAUGGCGGUGAAAGGAACGUCUUCGAAUGAUAAGUGUUGGCGUCCCCAGUUGUUCGUGGUGCCACAAACGCACGAGGUUUUGUUGUUUUAUAAGCGAGGCGCGAGUCGAGAGACGUGGGAAGGUUUUUUGAAACGCUCGUUGGACGGCGGGAAGACGUGGUUAGAGGAGGAAAAGUUACCGCCUGGAAUUUUAGGCCCGUCGAAGAAUAAAGUUUUGAGAAACAGCGAAGACGAAUCGAUUCUGAGCGCGAGCGAGAGGUGGACGCGGUCGAGCGCGUGCGCGUGGAUCGAGAGAGCGGAAAGAGAAGGGAGAGAUUGGACCGUGAAAAGCGGUCCGAUUCGCAUGGAGAAGAAAGGUUUACAGGAACGAUACGGCGGAGGAAGAAUGGGCGAUAAAGCGGCCGAAGAGGAAGCGAGAGAUUACGGAGGCAUCGAACCCGCGAUAUUUUAUAAAGACGAUGGAACUUUAGUCGUUCUCGCUCGACCGGCAAAAACGACCGAACGGUUUCCGAAAAGUUUAUCCGGCGUCGUGCACGCCGGAGGACGAUCGAAACAGUCCUCGAGAUAUUUUCCGAAAAUGUUAAAAGCUGAAUUGAAAGACGAACCGAACGCGCAGUGGUCAGCAUUUAAGGAAAUCGCGGAUUUACCUUUACCAACCGUAUUUGGUCGAGGAUUCGACGUGGAAAAGUUAACCGACGGACGCGUCGUGUUAGUUAUGAACGACCCGGGUAAGAAAGGCGUGAGCGUAAAAAUCUCGAGAGACGACGGCGAAACGUUUCGAGAGGCGUUUGUGAUUGAAGACGGCGACGAUGAAGACGAAAGCAGUGGUGGUAGUAGUGGUAGUAGUAGUAGUAGUGGUAGUAGUAGUAGUUACACGAGGGAUCCAGUGAUUCACGUGGCGAACGAUGCCAUGAUUCACGUGGUUUACGUUGCCAACAACGGGAAGAAGAUCAAGAGAGCGGUGUUGGAUCCCGAACAGUUAUAG